AUGAUUCAGUUAGUAAUACUAAUAAUCUUAGUUGUAUCUAUCUUAGUAGGGGUGGCUUUCUUUACUUUAUUUGAGCGUAAACUUUUGGGUUACAUUCAACUUCGUAAGGGGCCCAAUAAAGUAGGGUUUAUAGGAGUUUUGCAACCUUUUGCUGACGCUAUUAAAUUAUUUUCGAAGGAACAUCUCCCUCCUUCUUAUUCAAAUUACCUUCCUUUUUUACUAGCUCCGUGUUUUAGAUUAGGUUUAUCUCUAAUGGUAUGGGCGAGCACCCCCUCUUUAUAUAAUUUAUUUUCAUUUAAAAUAAGAGUAUUGUUCUUUUUGUGUUGCAUAAGCUUAGGGGUUUACAGUCUCUUAGCUGCCGGCUGAAGUUCUAAUUCUAAAUAUUCUCUAUUUGGAUCCUUGCGGGGGGUGGCACAGACCAUUUCUUACGAAGUUAGCUUAGUAUUAAUUUUAAUAGCCCCUCUUUUAGUUAUCUUUAGUUAUGAAAUACAAGCAUUCACAAAUUUCCAGACAGAUAUGUGGUUCGCUUUAUUGUUUCCCGCAAAUUCCAUUAUUUGGCUGAUCUCCUGUUUAGCUGAAACUAAUCGUACCCCCUUCGAUUUUGCUGAGGGGGAGUCUGAACUUGUUUCUGGUUACAACACAGAAUACAGAAGAGGGGGGUUUGCGCUACUCAUACUAGGUGAAUACGCCAGAAUCUUGUUCAUAUCUUUUCUUUUUGUUCUAAUCUACUUAGGGGGGAGAGGGGGGUUUUUAUUUAUUUUUAAACUUCUAUCUCUAGCUUUUAUAUUUGUAUGGGUACGUGGGACCCUACCUCGAUUUCGUUAUGAUAAACUCAUAUAUUUAGCUUGAAAAUCUUUCUUACCUUUUUCUCUUGUCUGUCUAGUAUUUAUUGGGGCUAUUUUGGUAUGAUUUUUAAAUUGAAGGUAG